AUGGCUCAAAGAUUGCAUCUUCUUCUCUUUGUACACUUUUUUUCUAAACUUCUUUGCUUUUCAAGUCAACAAGACUUCAGUUUCGUCUACAAUGGCUUUAACCAAGGUCAAGCCGACCUUAACCUUGACGGGGCCGCAAGAUUCCAAAACUCAGAUGGAUUGUUGCAGCUAACCGAUGCAACGGCUCAGAAAAUGGGUCACGCUUUCUUCAACAAACCAUUCGAUUUCGGUUCAGUUCCAUCUCAAUCUCUCUCUUUCUCGACUCAUUUCGUUUGCGCUUUGGUUCCUAAACCAGGAGCUGAUGGUGGUCAUGGGAUUGCCUUUGUUCUAUCAUCUUCAAUGGAUCUCACACAAGCAGAUCCAACUCAAUACUUGGGUCUCUUCAGCAUCUCAACUAACGGAUCUCCUUCUUCUCAGCUUCUAGCUAUCGAACUUGAUACAGUCCAGAGCGCAGAGUUUGACGACAUCGACAAGAACCAUGUCGGUAUAGACAUCAACAGCCUCCACUCUAAUGUCUCUGCUUCAGCUUCUUAUUAUUCCGACAGAAAAGGGACGAACAAAAGCUUGACACUCUUGAGUGGAGCUCCUUUACAGGUAUGGGUUGAUUAUGAAGAUUCUCUACUCAAUGUUACAUUAGCUCCUCUAAGAAACAAGAAGCCAAGUAGGCCUCUUUUGUCAAGAAACAUCAAUCUCACAGAAAUCUUCCCGGGUCGAAAAGCGUUUGUCGGGUUUUCUGCAGCAACUGGUUCAUUGAUCAGUUAUCAAUACAUCUUGGGGUGGAGUUUCAGCAGAAGCAGAGUUUCAUUACAGAGUCUUGACAUCUCUAAACUUCCCACUGUUCCUCGUCCCAAGAUAACAAAGAAAACAUCUCCUCUGCUUAUUGUUCUGUUGGUUAUACUCGCGCUCGUAGUAACGGCCGUUCUCGGAGGAGUUUGUGUGUACAGAAGAAAGAAGUACGCAGAAGUUAAAGAGCCAUGGGAAGAGCCGUACGGUCCACUUCGUUAUUCCUACAAAUCUUUAUAUAAAGCAACAAGAGGGUUUAACAAAGAUGAUCGUCUUGGACAAGGCGGUUUUGGAGAAGUCUUUAAAGGAAACCUUCCUCUUGUAGGAGGUAUAGCGGUGAAGAGACUAUCACACGAUGCAGAGCAAGGGAUGAAACAGUUUGUUGCUGAAGUUGUGACAAUGGGAAGCUUAAAGCACAAGAAUCUGGUUCCUCUUCUAGGAUAUUGCAGGCGAAAAGGCGAGUUAUUGCUUGUCUCUAAGUACAUGGAAGGAGGUAGUGUCGAUCAGUACUUGUUUCACAGUGAUAAACCGCCUCUUUCUUGGUCUCAAAGGCUAGCGAUUUUGAGAGAUAUCGCGUCUGCGCUCUGUUACUUGCAUACAGGAGCUAGUCAUGUUGUUUUACACAGAGAUAUCAAAGCUUCUAAUGUCAUGUUGAAUGGAGAUUUACAAGGGUUCCUAGGAGAUUUUGGGAUGGCUAGGUUUGAUGAUCAUGGAGCUAACCUCUAUACAACAGCAGCUGUUGGAACAAUUGGUUACAUGGCGCUUGAGCUAACGUCAACAGGAACUUCAACAGGAACCGAUGUGUAUGCAUUUGGUGCAUUCAUGCUUGAGGUAGCGUGUGGGAGGAGACCAUUUGAUCCAGAGAUGCCUGUUGAGAAACGACAUUUGGUCAAAUGGGUUUUUGAAUGCUGGAGAAAGGGUUCUCUAGUUGAUGCUAUAGAUACAAGAUUGGGAAGUAAGUUCAUACCUUGGGAAGUAGAAAUGGUUCUGAAACUUGGGUUGUUAUGUACAAGCAUCGUGCCAGAUUCAAGACCAACAAUGGAGCAAGUGGUGCAGUACAUAAACAUGCACCAAACGUUGCCUGAUUUCUCUCCGGAUACUCCUGGAGUUGGAGUUUCUACGCCGGUGUUAAUGGGAGUACCUUCUUUGGGAAUCAAUUUCUCUUCAGGGUUUUCAUCAGCAUCACCACCAUCAGUUUCUUCUUCCUCUGCUAACAACUCAAUGUUCAUCUCUCACACAAUCAUUUAUGGUGAUGGAAGAUGA